AUGCCCCGCUUUAAUCGACGGGAGCAGCUCCCGCUCCAUAUCAAGCGCGCUAUUUGCGCGCACCACGUCGACAACCCCCGCCUGCGUCAUGUUGACCUGGCGAGGUGGUGCUACACGCAGUACGGAUUGCGCCCGGAUCGCUCCACUGUCGGCCGCAUAUUGAAGCUCGCCGAGCGAUGGGCUGUCACGGCAACCGGCGACAACCAAGUGCGCCGUCGAGGUGGCGCAUGGCCUGAGCUGGAGCAGGCCAUGGCGCGGUGGAUCGCAAACGCAGGGCCCGCUGGCGUGCCUCUGACGCUGCAGACCAUCCGCGACCAUGUCGCGACGAUGUCCCGGAACAUGGGCAUUCCGCCCUCAUUCCGCUGCUCCAUCGGCUGGGUGCGCCGUGCUUUGAGGUGCCAGGGAGUGAGGUGCCGUGCAGCACAAGGCGAGGCGGCUAGCGCGGACAUGGCCGCCGUGCGCCACGCACGUGAGAAGCUGCCGCAACUCCUCACGCAUCUCGGUGUCACCCCGCGGGACACUUUCAACCUCGAUGAGACGGCGCUCUGGCUGUCAGUCCUCCCUCGGCGCACUUACAGCAACGGUCGCAUUCUCGGCCGCAAAGUAUCGAAGGAGCGGCUCACCGUGGCAUUCCUCGUGAAUGCUGACGGGAGCCACGUAUUCCGACCGCUCGUGAUCAGUAAGGCGAAGCGGCCGCAUGACUUCCGCCCGGAUUAUGACCCUGAAUCCCUUUGCUACUGGCGGCACAACGAGAAAGGCUGGAUGACCUCGCCAUUAUUCACACAUUUCAUAUCGCAGCUCAAUGCUGCGAUGUACGCCGAAGGUCGCAAGAUCGUGUUGCUGCUCGACAACGCGAGCAGCCACAUGCUCCGCUCUGAGCUCGCAUGGAGCGAGAUCGUCUGCGGCAUGCGGACGACCUGCAUGAGCAACGUGCGGCUUGUCUUCCUGCCGCCGAAUACCACCGCAUUCACACAGCCGCUUGAUCAAGGCAUCAUAGCCACCGUAAAGGCCUGCUACCGACAGCAUUGGCUGCGGGCCUUCUCGGCUUUGUGGAACGGCGACGGCGCGACUUCCGCCGUCGCGCGUUUCCGCCCGAACUUGCGCGAUGUCCUCGCGUGGCUGUACACGACGAUGAGCCCUCCCCCCGCCGUCUACCCCGACAUCGAGCUCGACGACGACAUCGACGAUGUCGGGACGCUUAUUAGCGGGCUCGCCCUCGGGAAUGCGGCGAUGACGGCCGCAGAGUACGUCGCCAUCGACGACGACGAGCCAACGUGCGCCGAGGGCGCUGCGGGACAGCCCACAACUGAGCCGGAGGCGGGCCUAGAGAUGCUCAUCGGAUAUGCACGGGCCACCCGCAUCACGCCGCGCGAUCUGUGCCAUCUGUUCGAUAUCCGCAACCCCAUCGUAAUCGCGCGGAUGGAGCGGGCGAGCCCGUCAUUCAACCUCAACGUGGCGCCUCAGCCCGUACCCUCCCCGGGCGCAACUCCCACGCCCGAGACCCCUCGUCCGCGCGGCCGUGUGCUGCCCGGCUGGAUGACCCGUCCGUCUCGCCGUCAGGAGUUGUUUGACGCCGGUGUGGGCGCCGUGAUGGACGGGUAUGUGGACGCGGCUGAGUGGAUGCGUCUGUGA